AUGUCUCGCCGUCGAACCUCCCAUAGCGAGCCCAUGAACGAGGCCCUGGCAUACCCAUUCCACUCGUCAGCAAACGGUCAAAUGCCACCCGCUUCGCCGCCGCGUCGCGGGCCCAUCGAAGGUCCCAAUGGUCGCCGUCUUAUCCGGCGCGUCACAUGGCGCUCGUCUACUUAUAAACUCAUGGCUUCGCUGUGGGUGUUGGGCGUCUUGUAUAUUCUGUGGUUAAUUCGGGAUUUGUUUUAUUUGCCGUUUGCUCCGUCCGAGGUUAGUUCGCCUGGUCCGGCUGAUGCGUGA